CCAACAUUAAAGGCAACAGCUAAUUUGUAUAGUGUAAUAGAGUUAGCAAAAAUGGACAUAACUACACAGUCUCUUUCCCAUGCCAAGCUUCCAGGCUGCUCAACUUCUCUCGCAACACCAAUCUUUCAUUCCAAAGCCUCACUUCUUGCCCAUAAUUCAAUCACAUUUCAGUCUCCUAAGAACUUUUUCACACAGCUACAAGGUGUUAGGAUUAAAGCAAAGAAGCAAAGGAGUCUUGGUGCUGUACAUGCUUCUGGGGCUGACAGCACUUUGACUGAUGUUGAAGAAAGAUGGCUUCUUGUACCCGUUGGUGAUGGGGAUUCAGGGCAUAUAGGUUUCAAGGUUAAAAUGCCAGAUGCAUUUGAAAUAGCUUCUAGUGAGGUUACUGUUGGCCGCCUCCCCGAUAAGGCAGACAUGGUGAUUCCAGUUGCAACAGUGUCUGCUCUACAUGCUCGCAUUCAGAACAAGGGAGGAAAUCUUGUGGUCACAGAUUUGGACAGUACUAAUGGAACAUUCAUCGAUAAGAAACGGCUGCCACCUGGAGCUUCUGUCAGUGUAUCGCCUGGAAGUCGUAUUAUAUUCGGGGACACUCAUCUGGCAAUGUUUCUUGUCUCCAAGCUUGCCAAAGUAGAAUCUGCUCCAAGCAAAUCAGAAGAGUCUCAAGACGAAGUUGAGAUUGAUAGCCCAACUGAGAGCAAUAAAACCACGGAUUAAAAAUCAGAGUUAUAUUUGUAAAAGAAAUAUAGUUGGAGGACGAGCAAGAGAAAAUUUCAAUGCUAUGAAUUGAAUUUCUCUCCAAUUUUCUCUCCAAAUUCGUUUAAGAAAUAAAAUCUGUCCCACUUCACUUUUCUCA